CUAAAAAGUUCAUCCCAUCCUGGAGGAGACACCUACACCUCAGUGUAUAUGUUUUGCGAGAGACCCACUUGCCAAUUGUGGGGUGUCGAACGUUGUAAACAAUUUUGUACACAGCGUUGUAUACAACGCUGGAAGCAUCGUGUGGUACCCGCAUUAUCUAAGCUGUGAUAGUUGAACGGUGGUUGAACUAAAAUUGAAAAGUGGUGACACUGCUUGCAUGCUGUCACGUGUGUCGGGCCUCAACCUCUCAUGAAAUUGGUGGAAUUAAUUGACGUUUCCUGUCGUUUUGGUUAGGUAGUUUUGUUGUAUUCCUGAGUUUUUAAAUUUUUUGAUGUGGUCUGGUCCUACGCAGUCCUACUUACUAGACUUGCUUCUUGUUUUUAUUUUCUGGUUAAUGCCUGUCGAAGUAAAAUUUUCCAUGGAUGGCAAGGGUAAUAACAGCUGAUAACUUGACUUGCAAGGUCAAGGACGUGUUUACUUCAUGAUAAUAAGGUGAUAAGGAUAGAGUACAUUUACAAAAACAUUAUAAUAUCCUUGAUGUUAUACGUCUAUCUCACCAGUGACAUCUCCUGGGUUGAUUGCUUCAUAAUAUUGAUUCUCAACUUAGUUUUCACAAAGAGCCGUUGCCCUCAGUACAAUCAUGAAUUUUACCGGUAAAGUAGUGUUAAUAACUGGGGCCAGUUCAGGCAUUGGGGCCGCAACAGCAAAGCAGUUCGCUUGUCUAGGAGCCACUCUUGCACUGGCUGGAAGAAACCUCGACAAUCUAAAAAAGGUGGCUUCUGAUUGUACUACAAAAGCAAUACCUCUCCUUAUCACUGGAGAACUAACUUGUGAAAAGGACACCAAGGCCAUCUUGGAGAAAACCAUAGAGCAUUUCGGAAAGUUGGAUGUACUUGUCAAUAAUGCUGGCAUAAUAGAAACUGGCAGCAUCGAAAAUACCAGUUUGGAGCAGUUUGAUAGGUUAAUGAAUAUUAAUGUAAGAUCAAUCUACCACAUGUCAAUGCUGGCUGUACCACACUUAAUUAAAACAAAAGGCAACAUAGUGAAUGUAAGCAGUGUAAAUGGCAUCAGAGCUUUCCCAGGUGUCCUAGCUUACUGUGUGUCAAAAGCUGCUGUUGAUCAGUUCACAAGAUGUGCUGCAUUAGACCUAGCACCAAAACAAGUGAGGGUGAAUGUUGUUAAUCCAGGUGUUACAAUUACAAAUCUGCAUAAAAGAGGAGGGAUGAAUGAAGAGCAGUACACAGCAUUUUUGGAGAGGUGCAAGGACACACACGCUAUGGGUAGACCUGGUCAACCAGAAGAGGUUGCUAAAACAAUAACAUUCCUUGCUAGUGAUGAGGCUAGUUUUAUCACUGGUGCUUCAGUACCUGUAGAUGGAGGACGUCAUGCUAUGUGCCCUAGAUAAAUGAGUUUCAAUGAAAAGUGUAAGAAGUUCUAAACACAUUUUUAAAUACACAUUAUGAAAUGGUAAAACUGUAAAGCUUAUUGCGAUUUAUUUUAUUUGAAACAUUGAAACAUAUUUGAAAUAUCCUAGGUACAAUAAAUAUCAACUUUAAUUUUCAUGUAUAUAUAAAAUAAAUGAUGGAAUAUCAA